AUGAAUCAGCUUCUGAAUGCACAGAGACUCGUGCAGGUAUCGCAGUUUCAUCCUAAGCUGCAAAAUAUAUGGUACUUAGUAGCCGCAGUAACAUUCAGCGUGUGUAAUCAACCGCAGGAAAUUCCCAAGAUCUAUCAUUAUGUUAUGUUACUCAACAACAAUAAUUCCGACCACCAUGAUCCAUCUACUUUGGCUAAUAGAACGAUAGAGACUUUACAGAAUGACCGCAUGAAUUUGAGGAAGGUCAUUGAUGAAAAGUUUCCUCAACCUACGCAGCUUCAAAGACAGCUAACAGAAAAGUUUAGGGAGGCUCUACUAAAAACUGGACCUCUCGCAGGUCUCCCAAAAGCAAUAAAUGUGCUUUCUAACUUAAGAGACGUGACUCCCACUGCUUUGCUACCGUCUAGUCAAGAGAUAGAUCCUUUCAAAGCUGAGCGGGGAGAGGGACCUCUUUACUCAGAUUCUGUUAUGGAGAUUCAUGCUGCUGACUCCAACAAGAGUAAGGAAAGAGAUCUGAAAGGCAUUGAGCAUUGGAAUCAUUUGUACACCAAAGUCUCCAAAAGAAUUGUCAACAACAUUAAUUCAGCAUGUCCGGAUUUAUGGUAUUACAUAAUGGAACAUGUUUACGGUCCGUUACUUUCAUGUGAUGACAUUCUUUCUAAGCAGGAAACUAGCUUCAUAGUUAUCGCAUCGUUGGUACCGCAGGAUGUCAAUCCCCAGCUACGUGGCCAUUUGAAGGGUGCGCUUAAUAUUGGCUGCGAUCCUAAUACCAUCGAAGCUGUGAGAGCGUUAGCGGUACUUAUAUCUCAAUGGUGCGGUGUGUCCUGGAAGGGUGAAAUUGUAAAAUUAUAA